AUGCCCCGUCUCUUUGACCUCCGGUACCAGUUUGUCAAGUACGGCGAGUACCACAACAACCCAGUCAACAUUGCCAUCCACAUCGUCUUUGUGCCGACCAUUAUGUGGACAGCCAUUGCGCUGCUGACCUCGCUCACACCCCAGGACCUGCUGCCAAUUCCCGCACCGCUGUCUGCGCUGCUGGAGCUCCUGCCGGGACCCGCACCACUGGGCAAUUUUCCGACCUGGCUGAUUUUUGGGUUUCUAGCUUUCCAUAUCGCACUGGAGCCGAUCGCUGGGCUCUUGUCGGCGCCAUUCACAUACACCAUCAUCGUCACGGCCGAGCAGUUUGCGCUGAACAACGAGAACGCAGUGGCGUGGGCGAGCGCCCUGUUUGUCGUGUCGUGGAUUGUGCAGUUCAUUGGCCACGGCGUGUUCGAGAAGCGCGCACCGGCGCUGCUUGACAACCUGGUGCAGGCGUUUGUCAUGGCGCCGUUCUUUGUGUUCCUGGAGAUUCUGUUCAAGCUCGGCUACCGCCCCAGCCUGGAUCGCGAGCUGCGCAGCAAGGUUGGCGUCAAAAUCCUCGAAUUCCGCUCCAAGAACUAUGGCUCCAUGAAGCAGACCAACAAGUAA